UGUAUUUGCACGCGCGCUUGUGCACGUCGCGUAUUGAUGACGUCCGAACGCUGAUAUCGCACACAGACUGAUUUAGCACCAAAAGUCCAGAGAUGUCGUCUUUUUGCGGCACCGGCGAUGACUUUCAAGAUGCAGGUCAAGAGACCACUGAAAAGCAGGACAAGGACCAUCCACGUGUCCUCAUUCCUGAGUUAUGUCGGCUCUUCUACCAGCUGGGAUGGGUGACUGGGACGGGUGGAGGGAUAAGUCUGAAACAAGGAGACCAGAUCUACAUUGCACCAUCAGGUGUUCAGAAAGAGAGAAUCCAGCCAGAAGAUAUGUUUGUUUGUGACAUGGAGGAGAGGGACAUCAGCUGUCCUCCUGCCUGGAAGACAUUGAAGAAGAGCCAGUGCACACCACUUUUUAUGAACGCCUAUACUAUGAGAGGGGCACAGGCAGUUAUACACACCCACUCGAAGGCUGCUGUCAUGGCAACGCUGCUCUAUCCUGGCAAAGAGUUCAGGAUAACACACCAGGAGAUGAUCAAGGGGAUUCGUAAGGGCACCUCAGGCACAAACUAUCGGUAUGAUGACUUCCUGGUUGUGCCGAUUAUUGAAAAUACACCAGAGGAGAAGGACUUGAAAGACCGGAUGGCUCGGGCAAUGGAAGAAUACCCAGAUUCAUGUGCAGUUCUUGUCCGCAGGCAUGGUGUCUAUGUGUGGGGCGAGUCGUGGGAAAAAGCGAAGACUAUGUGCGAAUGCUACGACUACCUGUUUGACGUUGCAGUCCAGAUGAAGCAAUGUGGACUGGACCCCUCAGCCCUUCCGAUGGAAGAAAAAGGAAUAGUUUGAUAUUUGAUGGUGCUUUUCAAAGAGACAUUUGUGGCAGAAAGGUUAGUGGAGUUCAAUCAGGAGAGCAGAUUGUAAUCAUUUGCCUUUCAUGCCAGCCUGCUUCAAAUUUGAUGAAAUUUGAUGGUAAGGGUAGAUUCAGGGUUGAAGGAGAUUGAAUGCCUGCGAUCUGGAAGAAUCUGAAGGAACACUGUGAAGCACUGUGGGACAACUCAUGAGUGAGCAGCUGUCAAAUCAAUGUCCUUAGGUUCAAAUGUUUCUCUAUUCAAGUCUGACUGGACUGAAAUCAAGGUCUCGGUGUAUGCCAGGCAUGAACAUCACGCUGCAUUUCACUGACUGCUUCAAUCGAUUUAGAAAAGGAAAAAAAAAAAGCCAAUAAAAUGUGUAAUUGUGUAAAAUAAGUGUAGGUUUUCUGUUUCUUAAGUUUUCGGCUAUAGUUAAAUAAAAUCCAGUUUUCCUUUCUAAAACACGAUCUUUCUCAUGUUAAUUUUUCAAUGCAAGCCCAGGGAGACACCUGACGUUCUGUAUAUGUAAAUAAAGCACAUCUUUAACCUAUAAAAAA